UUGAAAUCGGUUGAAAUAUAACGUUGUUUUGUUAAAAUAAAAAAUAAAAAAAUUAUAUAUGUAUGCUUUUAAAGUCUAAUAAAAUAAGAUAAAUGGGAAAGUAAUGUUUGCUUAAAUGUAAAUUAGUUGGAAACAAUUAUGGUGGAACUGUGUUUGGCAGUGGUAGGAUCAGGACUAUAAAAGGUGAUGCACCAGCCGACGCCCAGUUUUAGUAAUCAGACAAUCACAGGUACCAAACCUUGGCCCAUGUGAAGCACUUUUUGCUUAUGUGGCAAGCCUGUGUGGAGCUGGCAGAGCCUUGAUUCAAGCAGCAGGAAGGCAGCUGGUUUUUACCUGCACAAGACCAACUACAAUCCUAAGCCUUCUACAAAACAACAAAAUAAAAUGAAGACGACAAGGAAUAAUUGUGUGGUCCUUGAGUAAAGCCCAGUCAUAUAAAACUGCAAAGACUCUGCCAUCCCUUUCAAGCGGGGAUUCUACACAAGUUAAGGCAAGACUUGACAAAUGUGUUGCUGUGUCUGCUGGGUAUCUGACCGAGCAUUGGGCUUUGCUGGUCCACCGCGGUGAAAGAUCCGUGAGUCUGUCGUUCUCGUCUCUGGUCAUGAGCGCGACACAAAACCUUGAGCCGAGUUCCAGAGCCAUGAACUUUGACAAUGGCGGACUCACGGAUUUUUGACCACGGUGAACCAGCAAAGCCUGAUAUUCUCGGUCAGCUUACCUAGUUAUGAUUUCAUUACUAAGCAGGCUAGAGGUGCCUUCACGUUGGAGUCCUUCUACUGCGUUUUUCUUGCUAAAAAUGCCUGGAAACACUCUUGUUAGCUUCAGUUGGACAAAUAUUUGGGGAAAAAUGUUGGGUCAUCUGUCCAUUAUCUGAUCCACUUCUUUUUCAGUAGGGUCACUGGGAGCUGGUGCCCAUUUCCAGCAGUCAUCAGGCAUGAGGGUGGGGCGACACCACGGGCAUGUCUCUAGUCCAACACAGAGACACAGAGACAAACAGAAACACCAACAAUUCACACACUCAUUCACCUGUUAAAGCAUGUUAGGUUUGCAAAUAUGCCCAACAUGCAUGUUAGUCUGUGGAAAGAAGUCGAAGCACCUGGAAAGACCCCACGCAUGCAGCGGCUGAACAUGCAAACCUCUAGUAAAAGGGCUGCAGCCAGGAUUCAAACCUGCAACAUUCUCACUGCAAAACAAAAGUGCAACCAACUGUGCCACCAAACUUUGGAGCAUAUUUCUGCCAUAUUAUCAGUGUUAUGUGACAAAGUGUCAAGGUUUAAAAUAGUGUAAAUACCUUCAGGUAAAUUGCUGCAACUUUUUUGUCAUUGGACUUCUGGAAAUCCACCUAAUUGCCAAUGUUUGUGGCCGUUAUGCUGUAGAAAACAUUUGGCUGUUUGUUUCAACACAAGUGGUUUAAUUCAGUGUGUUGUAAUUUUACUUGGAACUGGUGCAGUAUGUACAUCAGUGAGAUUCAAAAUUGUGGAGCAACUGAGCUGCUUAUAAAGAGCAGAUCUGAAUGAACAUCAGCAGCUUCAGUCUCCUGACACAUCAGGUAAGUCUCCCUCUAACAAAGAGUAACCUAGAACUUCCAGAACCUUCCUGGUCAUCAUGCAUCAAGCUCUCCUGCUCACCCUCCUUCUCUCAGUCCCACAUGACUCUCUGAAUGCACCAGUUGACAGCAACUAUGAUGAGCCUUUAUACAAUUCUGAUCCCGUUCCAAGGCCCAAAACAGACUUAAAAGCACUAACAGUCUACGGAGACAUUGCUGUAGCGAAUACCAUAAACAGGAAUGCAGAUCUGUGCACUGCCAGAGGAUGCAAAUGGCCCAAAUCUGGUGCAUUUGUCUAUGUUCCUUACUACAUCUCUCCUCAGUUCGGUCAGGAAGAGCAGAUGGUCAUCAUUAAAGCCCUACAGAGCUUCAACCAGACCAGCUGCAUUCGCCUUGUCCCAUGGAAACCAGGCCAUCGAGAUUACCUCUACUUCGAAUCAAUGAAUGGGUGCUGGUCCCUCUUGGGUCGCCAGGAUGGAGGGCAGUACAUUUCCCUGCAGAAAGGCAGCUGUGUGUACCACAGGACAGUUCAACACGAGGUUCUCCAUGCUCUGGGUUUCGACCAUGAACAGGUUCGCUCUGACAGAGACGACUACGUCCAGAUUCUCUUUGAGAACAUCCAGGAGGAGUUCAAAUUUGCUUUUGAAAAGAAAAUUACCAACAACCUGGGGACUCCUUAUGACUUUUACUCUGUGAUGGAAUAUGACAAUUACGCAUUCACCAAAAAUCAACAACCCACUAUUCUUGCCAGGAUUGAUCCUUAUCUCCCAAUCGGAAAUGCCAGGGAAAUGAGUGUUAAUGACAUCACUCGCAUCAACAGGCUCUACCAAUGCGGAUACGGCAUUAAGGGGUCAGCCUCCAGAAACCUCACCUCAAAAAAGAAGUUCAAGUUUUAAAUGGAGAACAAUGUCAUAAACUAUCAUUUUCUAAAAGUCUGUAGUUGUGGCACUUCUACAACUCUUAUCAGAAAAAUAAAAGAAUUGUAACUCA